UUCACGCCCGCGAGUACUGGCGGCGGACCUGGGAAGCAUCCGGUUUGUGUAUCCGCCUCAGAGAACCAGCGAUCUUUUGGAAUUGUUGCAUUGUACCGGGGCUGCGUUAUCGUCCGCUCGGGAACAACUCGGCAGUAGGGUCCAGGCAGACAGAGAGUGAACCCGUGGCCGUCAUUACGCAGCCCGGGAACUGGCACCAGAGUGAAUGGCCUGCCGGGAAUGGAGGCGAUGGCCGGCUACGUGUACAAGGCGGCGAGCGAAGGCCGCGUCCUGACGCUAGCUGCAUUGCUGCUUAACUACGGAGAGACAGAGACCCGAUACCUUCUCAGCUUUGUCAGCCAACACGGGGGCCAGCGCUCCACGCCGCUCAUCAUCGCGGCACGCAACGGACAUGCGAAAGUCGUGCGUCUCUUACUGGAGCACUACCGGGUGGACACGGAGCAAACGGGAACGGUGCGCUUCGACGGAUAUGUAAUUGAUGGAGCCACUGCUCUCUGGUGUGCAGCUGGGGCUGGACAUUUUGAAGUUGUUCGCUUGCUGGUUAGCCAUCACGCCAAUGUGAACCACACCACAGUGACCAACUCUACACCCCUUAGAGCUGCUUGUUUUGAUGGAAGGCUUGAUAUUGUCAAGUACUUGGUGGAGAAUCACGCUAACAUUGGCAUCGCCAAUAAGUAUGACAACACAUGCCUUAUGAUUGCAGCCUACAAAGGCCAUACUGAUGUGGUGAAAUACCUGCUGGAGCAGAAUGCAGACCCCAAUGCAAAAGCCCACUGUGGUGCCACUGCUCUACAUUUUGCAGCAGAGGCUGGCCACUUGGAAAUAGUGAAAGAACUUGUAAAAUGGAAGGCUGCCAUGGUGGUCAAUGGCCAUGGAAUGACUCCACUGAAGGUGGCAGCAGAGAGUUGUAAAGCCGAUGUGGUGGAACUCCUCCUUUCCCAUGUUGACUGCGAUCGCAGGAGCAGAGUUGAAGCCUUAGAACUGCUGGGUGCCUCUUUUGCCAACGACAGAGAAAAUUAUGACAUCUUAAAGACAUAUCAUUACUUGUACUUGGCAAUGUUGGAGAGAUACAGGGACAGUACUAACAUCAUAGAUAAGGAUGUCCUGCCUCCCAUUGAAGCCUACGGUGGCCGUACAGAGUGCCGGACACCCAGGGAACUGGAGGCUAUUCGACACGACAGGGACGCCCUUCACAUGGAGGGGCUUAUUGUUCGGGAGCGCAUUUUGGGGUCAGACAAUAUUGAUGUUUCUCAUCCUAUUAUUUAUCGGGGGGCAGUUUAUGCAGAUAACAUGGAGUUUGAGCAAUGCAUCAAACUGUGGCUGCAUGCUUUGCAGUUACGGCAGAAAGGAAACAGAAAUACGCACAAGGAUCUGCUUCGUUUUGCUCAGGUUUUUUCACAGAUGAUUCACCUGAAGGAGCCAGUCAAGGCCAGGGAUAUUGAGAAUGUGCUGCAGUGUAGCGUUUUGGAGAUCGAAAGGGGCAUGGCACGCAUCAAAAGUGCUCCAGAUGCUGAACUGCAUUCAGCCAUGGAAAAUUAUGAAGCCAAUGUCUUUACCUUUCUCUAUCUUGUUUGCAUCUCCACCAAAACACAGUGCACUGACGAGGAACGAAGUCGGAUUAACAAGCAGAUCUACAAGUUGAUCCAAUUGGAUCCACGCUCCCGAGAGGGAUCCACACUGCUUCACCUCGCCAUUAACGCCAACACCCCAGUAGAUGAUUUUCACACAAAUGAUGUAUGCAGCUUCCCUAAUGCCAUGGUCACAAAACUGCUCAUUGACUGCGGUGCUCAGGUCAAUGCUGUGGACAAUGAGGGCAACAGUCCUCUCCACGUCAUUGUGCAAUACAACCGGCCCAUCAGCGACUUCCUCACCCUGCACGCCAUUAUCAUUAGUCUGGUAGAGGCUGGUGCCCAUACAGACAUGACCAAUAAGCAAAGGAAGACGCCUCUGGACAAAAGCACUACCGGAGUGGCCGAGAUCCUCCUGAAGACACACAUGAAGAUGAGUCUCAAGUGCCUGGCGGCCCGAGCAGUGCGCUUGUACAGAAUCAACUACCAGAACCAGAUCCCCCAAACGCUGGAAGAAUUCGUAGAAUUUCAUUAGUUGACUUCACAUGGCUAAAAACUCGAGCAGCAGAGGAACUUUUAACUUUGGAUGAAAGUGUUUUACUUUCCAAAAAUUUGCACACCAGGUGGAGAUAAACCAAAAAAGACAUUUUUACUUUCACAAAAUAAGUCAUAUGUGAUGUCUGCAGCCUCUCCUCCGAGGUUUUGGGCAAGUCUGUGAGUGCUUGUUUGUUUGAAUGUAACGAUUUAUUUUGCUUGUAUCUACUGAGGUGCGCCCCUUUUCCAGGAGACCCCAGCAUUCAGCUGCAGUUUGUUUUUAGUUAAUAAUGGUGACCUGUCCAUGCAUCAGGAGGUGCCAGCCCUUUAUCUGAGCUACAUCCAGCAGGCUUUGGAGGUCUUGCACACUGGAGCCUCACUGCGAUUAAAGCUGCUGAGUUUGGCAAUGGCUGUACUGUAAAUACUAACCACAGAUGGUUCAAUAAACAGAUUCUUCCAGGUCUAGGGCCACUGCCAGACCUGACGCCCACUCUCCAGCCUACUUGAUGUCAUUGCUGGCACUGUGGACAUUUGGAAAGUUCUGCUUUGCAGCAGUUGGAUGGCAGUGGUGAUAGGGUAGGUGGGGGUGGCGGGUGGUUAGAAAAGGAGUUGGUUAGGUUUGGGAAUAAACUGGGUGGCAGACAUUGUUCAUACUGUUAGAUGUGCCAUUGGUAAGGUGCUGCUGCUCCUAUACACCCUUUGCUGUCUGUUGCUGGAGAUGCUACAGCACAUUUUCCUCAUAAAAAAUAAAUUUUGGUAAAGGUUUACUUAAAGUGAGGGUUUCCAUUCCGCUGCCUUGACUGGGUGCUGAAGUUAUCAUGUAACCUAUUGUGUCUCAUUUAUGUUUACAAAUUUUAAUCCACUUUUUCAAACGCUUUUAGCAGUUCUUACCCAGGAUACUUUUUUAGACAUUACUAAUUCUAAAUAAUUUGGGGCUUGAGGCUCAGAUGUACAGAAGAGCUAUUUUUAUAAGUUUUGUAAAAGUUUAUUUUUAUGUUAUGAAGAAAGAGAGGUGGAUAAGCUGGCUGCUAAAUUGGGCUGCAUGUUGGGGCUGGAGAACACAGGUGGCCAGUGUGACAAGAGUGAGCUGGGUGACGCAGAUGGUGAGGCAGCUGGUGAGCUCAUGUCUUUUAUGGCGCCUGGGGAGACCGAGGGAGCAGUUUUCUGGUGUAAUGUCACUUUAUAUUAAAUAGGGAUGUAAAUGAUUUGUCAGUUUAAUUGAUUGUCGGCCAUGAGCGUCUGUCACCAUAAAAUCAA